AUGUUGCCAUCUAAGAAGCUCCUGUGCAAAUAUGGUAGUCAGUGUCCGAUACUCUCUCGACUUGUUGAGGAUAAUACUUAUCGGCUCGACGACAUAGAUCAUUGUUCAAUGAACUUUCAUCCAGGGCGUCGUGGUGGAAUGACAGUUGAAGAUAAUUUCCAAUCAAAAAAGUUUAAGUCAGCAUAUCAACACUGCAAUAGAUCACGUGCUCAUCAAUACAAUCGAAACUUUUGGGCUGGCAAAGCGAAUAAUGACGACUUAGAAGAGGAAGUUAAACGAAAUGGUUACGGAGAUAUAUGGAGCUCGGUAUUUUGCGAUCGUGUUAGGCAAAGAAUGGAGCAUGAUCGACACAGGCAGAUGGGCUCACCAUUAUCUAAUAUUCAAAUGUCAGCAGUGAUGCUUUAUACAAAUACCAUUUUGCACGAGAAAUUAAAAGAAGACGAACGUUUAUUCUCAAUGCAAGAUGUAACGAAUGGUAACCUGUGUACUUAUACACAAAAGUGGCCAAUUUUCGGUCGAGCUUUGAAUAGCGCUAUUUGUUGUUUGAAUAAACAUGAUUAUGUCAACCGACCGAUUACUGUCUAUCAUGGUUUAGCUAGGAUUAUAAUUGAUCCUGAUGAGUUGAAUAACUUUGAUUAUGGAAGUCGAACAAAAAAGAAUGCAUUUUUUAAAUGUGGCACGUUUAUUAGUACAAGCCGAGAUAGAGAUGUGGCAUUAUUUUUUGCAUGUCCUGAUUCUGACCCUGCAAAUUCUAGCUCUAUCUUCGAAAUCCAUACAAUGCCGAAUGAUAAUGAAGACGAGCUAAUUGGCGCUGACGUGUCAUGGAUAUCAUGGCAUCAUGUAGAAGAUGAAUAUCUUAUUGCUCGACUAGCACAAUUCGAGUUCUUCUGCCAUCGAGGACAGAUGUGCUAUUCUCUUGAACAUGAUAGCGGCAAUUGUAAUUGCGAAAUUAAGAUCGGUCGUCGGCCAAUUUGGAUGCCACCGCCAGAAAUUGUGAGUUCAUAA